CAUAUUAGCUUUUCUUGCCCUAAUACUAUCAAGGUUGUGAUUGUGCGGCUGUGUUACUAUGGCUGGAGGCAAAUUUAAGAAGGAGAAGCCGCCCGGCGGCGCUCAUUUUCAGGGAGGAAUUCCAUUCCACAAGUCGAAAGGCCAACACAUACUGAAAAAUCCACUCUUGGUUGACUCGAUUGUUCAGAAAUCCGGCAUUAAAUCUACUGAUAUUAUUCUCGAGAUCGGUCCGGGUACUGGUAAUCUCACGAAGAAGCUUCUAGAAGCUGGAAAAUCCGUGAUUGCUGUGGAGCUCGAUCCACGUAUGGUGCUCGAGCUGCAACGCCGUUUCCAAGGAACUCCCUUCUCCAGUCGGUUGAAGGUUAUACAAGGAGAUGUCCUAAAAUGCGAUCUCCCGUACUUCGACAUUUGCGUAGCAAACAUCCCGUACCAAAUCUCCUCCCCGCUCACAUUCAAAUUAUUAGCCCACCGCCCUUUAUUCAGAUGCGCAGUAAUCAUGUUCCAACGCGAAUUCGCCAUGAGGCUGGUGGCUCAGCCGGGCGAUUCCCUCUACUGCCGCCUCUCGGUCAACACUCAGCUACUAUCUCGAGUCAACCAUCUCUUGAAAGUGGGGCGGAACAAUUUCAGGCCCCCACCGAAAGUCGACUCCUCUGUGGUCAGAAUCGAGCCACGCAAGCCGCUCCCUCCGGUCAACUUCAAGGAGUGGGAUGGCUUGGUUCGUAUAUGCUUCAACCGUAAGAACAAGACUCUGGGCGCUCUGUUCAGGCAAAAGACCGUUCUUAAUAUGCUGGAGAAGAAUUACAAGACUUUGCAGGCUUUACAGCUCACGCCUGAAGAUUUUUCGGCCGACGCAGAAAUGGCCGUUUGUGUGUCUGCUUUAGGCGACACACUUGGCGACAUGAAUAUGGAUAAAGAUGAAGACGAAGAUGAUGAUGAAGAUGAAGAAAUGGAGAUUGAUGAUAAAGAUGCGAAGUCGAAUGCUUUUAAAGAGAAGGUUUUGAGCGUACUCAAGCUAGGAGGUUUUGAAGAUAAACGGUCUUCGAAGCUCGCGCAGGCGGAUUUUAUGCACCUUCUUUCUUUAUUUAAUAAGGCUGGUAUUCAUUUUUCUUAGUCAGUUAUUCACCAAAUUGUUUGGUAUUAUCCUUUUUUCUCUUCCUCAAUAUAAUGACUUAAAUGUUUUUUUUUUCUUUUUUGAAGUAUUUAUUCCUUAAUUUAAUGUAUUUGAAGUGUUCUAUGAUUUGAUGUUGUUGGAAA